GGACACAAGAGAUUUUUUUUUUCGUUUUGAAAUGCCGCAUUUUCAACCAUCUUCUUUGUUUUUCCCUCUUCAUAUCACGCCGUCUUUUUUUAUUUUUCUCUCUCAUGACCAAAACUUUAAUAUUAGACAAUGGUGCGUCAACAAUGAAAGUUGGUUUAGCUCAUCACCGUUUACCCAAAAUCGUGCCAAAUGUCAUUUUACGUGGAAGAAACGAUCGUCGUCAUUAUAUAGCUGAUCAAGUAGAUGAAUGUACUGAUUUCUCGUCACUUUUAUAUCGCUUGGCUUUUGAAAAGGGAUACCUGACCAAUUGGGGUUUGGAAAGAACAAUAUGGGAUCGCGUCUUCAAACAAGUAGUCAAGAUAGAUACCAAAGACACUCAACUUAUUAUUACGGAACCACUUUUCAACUUGACCUCGAUUCAAGAAGCUUAUGAUCAGAUUAUUUUUGAAGAAUAUGAAUUUCAGUCGUGUUAUAGAACAACAGGACCUCAACUUUGCAUCUAUAACGAUUGGUAUUCACUUUUUGGUGGCGAUAUUCAAACAAACAGUAUCCCUGAUUGUGCUUUGAUUGUAGACUCUGGUUACUCUUUUACACAUAUUAUCCCCUUUUUUCAACGAAAACCAAUCACCAAAGCUAUUCGAAGGAUUAAUGUGGGUGGGAAAUUAUUGACAAAUCAAUUAAAGGAAACUGUCUCUUUUAGAUAUUACGACAUGAUGGAAGAAACUUAUAUUAUUAACGAUGUCAAGGAAGCGUCUUGUUAUGUAUCACAAAAUGCCAUGCAUGAUUUAGACAUUUGUAGACUAGAUGGUGCAAAGAAUACGAUUGUACAAGAUUUCGUUUUACCUGAUUUCACCACAACAACUAGAGGUCAUGUUCGACCUCAUCAGAUGCAAAGCAAGAACAGUAAGAUCAAGAUGUCAACAAAUGAUGAUGAUCAAGUAUUGGUGAUGAAUAAUGAACGCUUUAUGAUACCCGAAUUAUUGAUGCAUCCUUCAGACAUUGGUAUGCAGCAAGCUGGCAUCCCGGAAACCAUUAUGCAAUCGAUCCAAGCAUGCGAUCCAGAACUACAUGGACUUUUGUAUGCAAAUAUUGUACUUGUUGGUGGGAAUGCCAAGUUUAAUGGAUAUCAGCAAAGAAUAGAAACGGAUUUGAGACAGAUGGCACCAAGUAUAUUUGACAUCCGGGUGACAACACCAAUAGAACCUGUUAUCGCAGCUUGGAUGGGCGGACAAAGGAUGUUCUCCAAUCUAAGUAAGUCCGAAUCACAACAGAUGUUUGUUACCCGGAAAGAAUAUAUGGAAUAUGGUAGUGAUAUUUGUAGAAGGAAGUUUAGUUAUUGAAUGUACAUGUUGAUUAUUAUGAUGGACAUAAUAAAAAAAGAAGCUAUUUUUUUUAUCU